CAUUAAAAACAGAAAUUAAUUUCUGAUGGUCAAUCCUUAUUUUUCCGUUAGUGUAGUCUCUACAGCUGUGGUGCAAAAUCAGCGCUUACAUGGCGAUGCAUUUCCUUUUGUUCAGCUAGCUUACGGUUGUGUGAAUUUAUGGAAACAUGUCAAAGAAACGGGGCAGGAAGCGUAGCAGUGGAGAGCUGAGUGAGAGCUCGGCCUCUACCUUAAGCCCAGACCCUGACAACCUGGUGGGCCGCAGGAUCCAGCACACUUGGAGGGAGAAGGGAAAUGUAACCAAGUGGAAAGGCACCGUUCUGGAGCGCCUAAUUGUCAGCAGCUCCCUCUAUAUGGUCAAAUAUGAUGGCUUUGAUUGUGUCUACGGCAUUGAGCUGUUCAAAGACAACCGGGUGUCCAACCUACAGGUGUUGUCAGAGAAAGUCUUGAAUAAUAAGAUCAAGGUGCCUCCCGGGGCAGAGGAGCUGGUGGGGCGAGCUGUGGAGCAUCUGUUUGAGAAGGAGGAUGGUGAGAAGAACGAGUGGCGAGGCAUGGUGCUUUCCCGAGCCCCCAUCAUGACCCACUGGUAUUACAUCACCUACGAGAAGGACCCGGUGCUGUACAUGUACCAGCUAUGGGAUGAUUAUAAGGACGGAGAUCUACGUGUCCUGCCGGAGUCAGAAAACAAACACCUGCUGCCGGCCGACAGGAAGCCCGGUGAGGAGCCAGAAAGCCUUGUGGGUAAACAGGUGGAGUACGUCACAGAUAACGGUUUGAAGAGGACGGGCCUGGUCAUCUACCAGGUUCCGGCAAAGCCCACAGUGUACUACAUCAAAUAUGACGAUGAUGUGCACAUCCACGUCUACGAUCUGGUGAAGACCACCUAAUACGGACUGUCUGAUUUCAUCUUCAGCUGACGGCUUUUCUUUGUCCUGACCAGUUGUUACCUGUUAAAGUGUUACAGA